UAAUCCCAAGAGAGAAAAUAGAGAGCAAUUCUAGAGAGAGAGAGAGAGAGAGAGAGAUGGUGCGGAAGAACAACAGCAACAGCGACACCGACGAAGACGAAACCUUCUACUACCGCUACUCCUCCGCCCCACCACCACCCUCCACCUCCGCCUCAUCCAAAACCCCAUCCAAGCCCUCCGGCGGCGGGGGAGGAGGAAGCGGAGGCCUUGCUCCAUCCAAAUCCACUGUCUACAUCAGCAACCUCGACUACACCCUCACCAACUCCGAUCUCUUCACCAUCUUCUCCACCUUCGGCAAGGUCGCCAAGGUCACCAUCCUCAAGGACCGCCUCACCCGCCAGAGCCGCGGCGUCGCCUUCGUCCUCUUCGUCUCCCGCGACGAAGCCCUCGCCGCCGCCCGGGCCGUCAACGGCAAGCUCCUCAAUGGCCGAACCCUAACCGCCUCAAUCGCCUCCGAUAACGGCCGUGCAUCGGAGUUUAUUCGCCGGAAAGUCUAUAAGGAUAAGAGCAGGUGUUAUGAGUGUGGAGAGAGUGGGCAUUUGUCGUACGAGUGUCCGAAGAACCAGUUGGGGCCGAGAGAGAGGCCUCAGCCUUCGAAACGAUCGCGGAGGGACGGAGAAGGGUGGAGUGGGGGAAGGGGAGGUGGGAGGAAGGGAGGGGAGGAGGAGUGGGAGGAGGAGGAGGAGGAGGGUGGUGGUGGGGAAGUGUUUGAAGAUGAUAAUUGGGCUUCUGUGGUGGAUACAGAUGCAGAUGAGAGGAGGUUGAUGGGAGAGAAAGAGGAGAUUGGGAGGAAGAGGAAGAAGGAGAAUGGGAAGAGAGAGAAGAAAUCGAGUUAUUUUAGUGAUGAGAGUGAUGAUGAGGAGUGAUUUUGAACCGGGGUUUGUUCAGAACAUUUUAUUUGGAUUGGGUCUUGAAGUUGUUGGGCAUAGUUCGGAGGUUCUGAUUUUAUCAACAUGUUUCUGAUGAUCAAUGCUUCCUUCAUCAGAUGUAACUCUCAACGCUCAAGCACCAAUAAAAUGAAUACGACAGAGAUCCAGUUUGUAGCUGUCCUCCGAAAGCAACCCAGUUAAGCCUGUUUUUCCAUCCAUUCAGGAUAACACAAAGUCAUGAAGAUAGCUUGCUCCAAUCCUGGUAGAACUUCCAAGGAAAAGCUAUAUCAACAUGUGUUUUAAGUUGUUAAAAGCAUAAAAGAAUGAAGAGUCCUCAUUUCUUACAUGCUCUGUGUCUGUGACAGUUCAUAUAAUCUGUCUGCAUCUUGCUCGUUAAAGAUUAGGUAGUUGUAAUGUAAUUUAUGAUGGUGAUGUAUUUAUUCUGUGCAUUUCAACUGGAAUAUUUCCCAUGAACCUGAACAAUUCCCAUGCAAAGUGAUGUUGCUGGUGUUGUAAAUUGCACAACUUAAAAGGUUUCAAAAGGUCAGUGAACUUGGGAGCAUCUUCAUCGACCCUGAGGUCCUGUGUUGCAUGCUAAAAAUGGGUUCUCUGGACUA